UAUUUCUUGUAAACUUAUCUGUUGUGUAUUUACUCAACACAUAAGUUAACCUACAAUUAUAAAUCGUAAUAUUUACGACUAUUGAAUUAAGGUAUUCUUUAAGAAGUUAAUUGUUGCAAUAGUGUUUUAUAGCAUUCACCAUGGAAAGUGAAGAGCCUUUAGCCAAAAAGGUCAAAAUUGAACCGGACGAAAGCAAAGAGACUAUAGUGUUUACAGAUGUUAAAGAUGAAAUCGACGUUAAAAAUAUAAAGAAAGAAAGUAACUACAGAUUAUGCCCAUACUUGGAUACAAUCAAUCGGCAGUUCCUGGACUUUGAUUUUGAGAAGCUCUGCUCAGUGUCUUUAACCAGGAUAAAUGUGUAUGCUUGCCUUGUCUGCGGAAAAUACUUUCAAGGUAGAGGAACAAACACACAUGCAUACACACAUUCAGUGGCUGAAAGUCAUCAUGUCUUUUUGAAUUUGCACACAUUAAAGUUCUACUGUCUACCUGAUAACUAUGAAAUCAUUGAUUCAUCUUUGGAUGAUAUUAAAUAUUUAUUAAAUCCCAUUUUCACUGAGGAUCAAAUAAAGAUGUUGGAUGUAAGCUCAAAAUUAACUAGGGCCAUUGAUGGUAGUCUCUACACACCUGGGAUUGUCGGAUUGAAUAACAUCAAAGCCAAUGAUUAUUGCAACGUUGUCUUGCAGGCUUUGUCUCAUGUAAAACCAUUGAGGGAUUAUUUUUUGAGGGAAGAGAGCUACAGCAAUGUUAAAAGACCUCCAGGUGAUUCCACUUACUUAUUGGUGACCAGGUUUGGGGAGCUCAUGAGGAAGUUGUGGAAUCCGAGAAACUUUAAAGUGCAUGUAUCGCCUCACGAAAUGCUUCAAGCAGUCGUCUUGUGGAGUCGUAAAAAGUUUCAAUUCACGGAACAAGGUGAUCCAAUUGAUUUCUUGUCCUGGUUCCUAAACGAACUGCACCGAGCUUUGAACGGUAAUAAGAAACGAAAAAGUUCGAUCAUCUACAGAUCUUUCCUGGGAUCGAUGAAGAUUUACAGCAGGAAAAUACCGCCCACCGAAUUGGAUGAUAAACAGAAGAGAACUUUGCUGGCAACACCUGAAUAUCAGGAGACGGUGACGGAAUCGCCGUUCUUGUAUUUGACCUGCGAUCUGCCACCUCCACCGCUCUUCAUUGAUGAAUUCCGAGAAAACAUUAUUCCUCAGGUUAAUUUAUAUCAAUUACUGACGAAAUUCAACGGACAAACGGAAAAAGAGUACAAAACGUACAAAGAGAAUUUCAUGAAACGAUUCGAAAUUACGCAGCUUCCGCCCUAUCUGAUAUUGUACAUCAAACGAUUCACCAAGAACACUUUCUACGUGGAAAAGAAUCCUACCAUUGUCAACUUCCCAGUGAAGAAUGUCGAUAUUGGCGAGUUCUUGACGCCUGAAAAUAAAGAAAAGCAUAAGAAUACAAUAUAUGAUUUGGUUGCGAACAUCGUUCACGACGGGGAACCAGACAAGGGAACUUACAGAGUGCACAUUUUGCAGAAAAGCACAGGAAAAUGGUACGAAAUGCAGGAUCUGCAUGUAAUCGACAUCCUUCCUCAGAUGAUCACAUUAACCGAAGCUUAUAUACAGAUUUAUGAGCUGAGAAAUGUAUAGAAUAAAUCAAUAAUAUUGUAUCCGUCAGUUAUUGCUGUUUUAUUG